CUUACUAUGUCCUUCACCAUAUACAUACAUCUCACAAAAUCUACUUUCUUCCUUAUCUCUGUUCUGUCUAAAUAGCACUGAAACAUUGUUGAAUCUCUUCCAGAAUGAAUAUAGUAAUCGAGCACAACCCUUCGAGCAUAAAGUUAUCUGAACUUGGAGUCAUGUCAUGGCCUAAAUGGUCUUGUCAGCCAGGGAAGUACGCAUUAGUAUUUGAAGAAAGAGAGACAUGCUAUUUGGUGAAGGGAAAAGUGAAGGUGUAUCCAAAAGGUUCAUCAGAGUUUGUAGAGUUUGGUGCAGGAGACCUUGUGACCAUCCCCAAGGGACUUAGCUGCACUUGGGAAGUAUCUCUUUUCAUCGACAAACAUUACAAGUUCGAUCCUCCUACUUAACUUUUCCUACUUACAAUCUAGUACUGGGUUAGUCUUUAUCACUAGGAAGCAUAUAAGAUUCUGUAUUCAGACGAUAAAGUAUAGAAGACAAACCAAUAAGACAAUGCUUAAGAUAUGUACAAAGCUCCUCCUAAAGUUAUGAUUUCAAAUGCGACUUCUUUGUUUGUCAGAACUAUAAUCUCAAUGAGACUAAGGCAAGGGAAAACAUAUAUUCUAGCAGAAAUGUAUCCUAAGCUUCUGAAAGUUAUUUGAAGUAAUCAAAAAGCUAAUCUCAUGGGUAACAGUUCAUUGUACCCUUUCUCCAUCACAGAUGAGAGUUCCAGAUUCGUGCUAAUGAAACUUGC